AUGUCGGACAAUGAAGACUUGUUGGGCGACGAUCUUGGCGAUCAGAGCCUGGCAGAUUAUAACCUCGGUAACGAGGAGGAGGAACAACUUUUAGCCGAUGAUUAUGAGAGUGGAGCGUCGCAAAAUGUGCCAUCAUCCAUUUCAAGCUAUGAUGGCGUCGUCGGCAAUAUUUACUCGGGAAACGACGUUCCCAGCCAGCAACCAAUCCAGUACCAUCUCCAACCGGACAGAGGUGGAGAAUGUGUGGUACCCAACAUAACAGUGGAAAUACCAAACAUACAGCCUGAACACUCUACUUAUGCACCGUAUGAACCACCACCAGUGUAUGAUCCUGAACCUCGGAUUGUACCACCCGCUAUACCUGCAUCACCCGUAGAAUCUCCACAAAUUGUUCCAUCUGACAUGGGACCAUCAAUGUCAAAUGGCGAAAUGUGCCGCUCCCGCUUCGUGUCGGAGCGUCCGCCCGGUGCGCAGAGGCAGCCACAGGUCAGGGACAUUCCCGACUCAUUGGACAAAGUGUUCGUGCCGCGCGGUCAGUUCGGCGGCCGCGGUCGCACAUCGUGGCGCAGUCCGCAUUUCAACCAGCGCUUCCAUCACAACCAGUACAGAAGAAAUAAUAUGCAUAGAGGCAAUUUCAACCAGCGCCCAUCUUUCCCGCCAUCUCAACCAAUACGCCAGACUCCUCAAAUGCGCCCUGAAAUAAGGCCGAGUCUACCACCAAUGCGUCCAGAACUCAGACCAGAAAUUAUACCAGACAUCCGGCCCAACAUACACCCAGAAUUACGGCCCGAUGUACACCCAGAAUUACCACUUAUCCGACCAGAUAUGUCACUAGACUUACACGAACCGAUGGUGUUACCACCAAAAAUACCAGAAGAUUUACUCCCAGAACGUCCUAUCCUUCCCAAUGUCCCUAUUGAUCCUUUCACACCUAUAGAUAUACGUCCUAAUUUUCCUAGAUUUCCCAACCAAUUCCGCCCUAAUAUGGAUCCACACCCAGAAUUUGGUCCAAACAUCAGACCGAACUUUGAACCCAGACCAAUGUUCCCCUUUCAAAGACAGUUUAGACCGUUUAUAAGGGAACCAGUUCCUGGUCCAAUACCGAGUCAUAUUCCUCAAGUGACGAUAAGGCAGCCUGGUCCGAUGGGUGGCCCGAUGACGAGGGAAGCCGAAGUGAGAAUGUUGCCAGUGCAACUGCCCCCUAAUUUGCCUCCUGGUGGUCUUCAAGGGAAGAAAGUGCUGAUUAAUCCUCAUUUUAAAGGAAACUUUCAGUCGCCAGUUGAAGGCCUGCCGUUGCCUACGUACAUCCCGACGCGGAUCCAAAAGUCGCCUCCGCUCAGCCCCACCCUGGAGAGCAAAUUCGGUCCCAUAAAAGAUAUAGACGACGCGGCCGAGCGGUUUAUAGCUGAACAGAGAAACGCCUUAGCUCGCGCUGCUAAUAGAAAAUUCCAGCCGCCGCCAAGGCGGUCUCCCACCAGGUACAUCGAGAACACGACGAUCGAGAUCGAGAACGAGCUGGCGCCGAGGCGGCGGGACGACGACGAGUUACUGAGGAGGCAGGAGGAGUUCAUCAACGCCAACAGAGCGGGGCUGCGGAGGAGGAUGCGCUCGGCGUCCCCCCCGCCGCCCCCCUGGCGCUCGCCCUCGCCCCCGCGCAGCCCCGAGCGCGCGCGCCCGCGCCUCGAGCCCAAGCGCGCGCCCGCCCCGCACCCCGCGCACGCCCCGCACCCGCCCUCCGGCGACGAGGACAGCGAGUACCGCCGUCGUAUGAGAGAGCAAGAGAGCCUGCGCGAGAGAGUACUCAGAGCUAAAGAAGCGCGACGCAGGAAAAACGCCGUGGCUAACAGGGAACGUGAGCGUUUAGAAAAGGAGAAAGAACCACCGGUCAAAGAAGAAGUCAGCGUGCCUACAAAGUCUGAUGCAAGCCCGGAGCAGGCUAAACCGGACACGACCAGAAAGUCUCCUGAAAAGGAAGAAAGGGAACGGUCUCCCAUAAGAAAGGAGGAGGAGGCUGAAGUUAACUCAACUUGUGAAAAUCUAACCCCGCCGCACUCGGACCUCCCGAAGCUGGAGUCGCCCGAGCGGGACUUGACCCCUCCGCUGCCCGGCCUGACCAACGACAGCGACGACGACCUCGACCUCAUCCUCGGUGACAUCGAAGGCAUCCUGUCCGACGACGACGACACGGGACGGUUCAAGGAGAAGGCCAAAAAAGCCUCGCCCCCCUCGGCCCCGCCUGCAGACCUGCGCAGCCGUCUGCCGCCCAAGGCCUCCGCCGACACCAAGAGGCCCAAGCAGCGGAUCACCUUCGACGACAAGAAGAAGAAAGAGAAAUCACCAGCUCGCAGAACUAUAGUAACCAGCUCUACAAAGACUGAAGAAGCUGAAAGUAAAACUGUUAAGGCGAAAGAGAAGCCAGUUGUAAAAGAAACAAAAGAUACAAAGCCUAGACAAAGAAUAACAUUCACUAAAGAGGCCAAAGAGCAGGCCGAGCGCGCGGGCGCGGGCCCGGCGGCGCCGAAGCCGUUCUCGUACCGGCGCGUGGUGCUGCAGCGCAAGGCGCCCGAGGCCGAGCCGCGGCUGGCCAUCUUCAGCCGCGCCGUGCGCACGGCGCUGGGCGCCGGCCGCCCCGCGCCCGCGGCCCCCGCCCCCUCGCCCUCGCCCGCGCCCCCGCAGGUGGAGUACGACAGCGACUCCACCGUGGACGAGGAGCGCCUGCUGGGCGACGACCCCGUCCUCGCCGUCGUGUCCAACCUGCCGCACGGCAUGACCGACACCAGGCUCAAGACGCUGGCCGGCGCCGACGUGCAGAACUUAAAUUUGGAUAGAGAAGAACGGAGCGCGAAAAUUACGUUCAAGACCACUGUUGCCGCUGAGAAUUUUAAGAAGAAAUUCAACAAUAAAAUGGUCGCUGCUAGCCGAUUGACUGUAAUCUUACGCUAGACACACACUGAUCUUUACUUGCGCACAGGAAAAUACUCCCAGAUUAAAUGCCUUAACUAGCGUUAGGCAUUUUUUUCAAAGCAACUUAUUUUCUGUUAGCGAUUUACUUUUUGAGCUGUAGCUAGUGUCAAUCUCAUUAACCCAAUGAGUAGGUGUUCACAUAUAAAAAGGUACACAGCGAUCACUGAAUAAUGUUCUGUGAAACUGAGUAAUUGUACGUUUUUAGGCGGCCUUCAACAGUCUGUGAUCUUAUGGAUCACCAACGAGCUCGCACCCGCGAACCAUAAGAAGAGGCUAGUCCGCGGUAACGCAGACUUUGGUUGUCAUUUUGUAAUUAGUUGAUUAUUAAUAUGAAAAGUUAAAGCCGUUGUGUGGCUGAUCGUCAGCUGUGCGAGGAAAUCUGUAAAGUCACAGAACGUGUGAGGCCUGCUUAACACAAUCAUGACACAAUGUCAGAUGUGGCAAUUAGUGAGAAGAGAGACGUCUCUGGCAAUUCAUUUGCAAUUCUAAAGAUAUUUCUUUAACAUCGCAAAUGUGUAUGGACGACGGUAACCAUUCACCAUCAGUGUACACCAUAACGUCGUCUUAAAGUGAACACGUUGGCUGCGCAUUUUUACAUAUUUUGUGUUUAAAAAUUUUUGUGUAAGCAGAAGGUGUUUAAAUAUGUAUUCUAUUAAAGCAAUGUAGCAUUAUAAACAACAUGUUUUUACUAUAAUUUACAGAACACUUUGUUGUUAACACGGUCAGAUUACAUACGAGGUAUUCACUCUUAAGGCGACGGAAAACGUUAUAUUACUAGUUACAUUGGUAAAACUUUAUGAAUUAACUAUGCAAAACGACGCGGAUUAAAUAAAAUCCCUAGACGUUGAUUGAUUUUUUUAUGACCAUCGUAAACGUGGAUUAACAAAAUAUGAAAUUACAAGAUAUUGAGUGACAUUUUAAGAUGCUGUCGUGCUAUAAGAAUUCUAGAAAGAUUAAGUAAAAGAGUUCUUUCAUGUCGAAAAUAGAUUAGGAUUUGUUAGGAAAUAAAUUAAAAUUCCAAAAUUAAGAAAUAUUUUACUUUUCCGUAACAACCCGUGACAGAAGGAAGGAAAUAAACUAGAAUUUUCUCUCGUUUCCUAUCAAAAUGAUAUUUCGAGGCAAAAAGUGAGUUAAUGAUGUAUUUAGGUAACAUUUUAAUCUGUUUCGAUUUGUCCACUCUAAAUAUCUCUUCUACGUAAAUAUACGUAUAAAAAUAUUUAAACCCUUUUCUCCUCGAAAUAUUUCGACAUAAAACAACCCCUUUAAAGGUAUAAAGUCAAUUACUUAACACACUGUAUCGUUAAUAAUAUGUAUAGGUACCUCAUAGUUAAACCAUUUUAAAACUACGCAAUAAAUACUGUAUCAUAAAUAAAUAGAGAUUAAAAUUAGCCAGCCAUCUUUAUGUGUUCCUGUUCUUUGAGUACGAGUAUUUAAUGAAUAUUAUUUGGCAUUUAGAAGUUUAUAGAAUGACGUGUGCGUUUAUAAAACAGUUAACAAAUAUGUGAAUUAAUUAAAAAUAUGCCUACUAUUGAUAUAACUACUUAUAAUUAUGUAUACUGUAUACAUAACUAUGCUUUCCUUAUAUUCAAUCGUUUAUUUACUUCCGAAAUUGUAACUGAAUAAAUAAACGUUUAUAUUUGGUUGUUGAAAGAUAAAUAAGUUCUUAGUCUGUUAUAGACGUUUAAGGCCCGUGUUAAUAAAUAGCUCUUGGAGUCUCGUAUUAAGUACGUAUCGGCUGUAUUACCAACUCAUGUGACCAAGAUCGAACACUUUAUCGGUCCAGAUUGAGCUAUUACAAUCUUUCCUGCAGUAGCGCAACGCCUUUGUACAUCGCCGCCCGUAUACUGUCAUACGCAGAUAUUCCAGGGUUGUCACAAAAUUAAUUGUUGUGAUUAUUGUAACGUAAUCACACAUUAACAACAAUAGAUAAGUAAUACAAAUUUAAUGCCAAAUGUAUACGUGACACUUUAUUUUUAAAUAUUCUCAGUUUUUUAUUCAAUUUAACUGUAUAACGUAUUCGGAACUGCAUGACCUUGAUUUAAAUUCUACUUAGUAAAAUAGUUUAUCUAAAAUAUUGUUUUUUGAAUGUUGUAUUUCGAUAUCGAAUUACAUUCGUAGACAGAGCAUUUGGGUGCACAUUAUAAUAUAUGCAUACAACGAUUUUCGCCGGAUUCGCAGAAAGUAUUCAUAGUCUUUAAAGGUAUAUAUUAUAUGGGUCAUGUGGUCUGACAUAAAUAAAUAAAUAAAAUUAUUUUAAAUCAUGCACGCGUUAACCCUUAGCACUCCAACCCACAAACUAACCGUGUUUUACCCCACAGUCGCUGCGCAACUAUAUGAUUUUGGAAAACUGUGCCAUAGCUAAGCUGAACUGUCUGCCCUGCCUGUUCUAACUGCCUCCGUGAUUGAAAGGUUACCAUUCUGGUUCGUCACGUUUGAUUCCCGGAUGAAAUAUUUGCAUAGCCUACAUUUAUUUCUCUCGCGAGUUUGGGGGUAAUUUGUGGUUGUUUAAGGCACCCGCGAUGCAGGGGUCCCCUAUUGCGGGGAUGAGUGAGAGCGAUUAAAAAAAACAGUGCUGAGUGACGUUUUUAAUAAGUAGAAACUUUGAAAACAAUGUCAUACUGCAAGGGAUAUUUGUUAAUACGGGCGAAAUUAAUUUUAAGUUUUGAUAUUGGUACAAAUAAUUAUUUAAAAAAUUUAUGAAAAUUACUCACUGUGUUACGAAAUAUGGAAACAAUCUUACAAUAGUUUAUAGGUAGUAAUAUGUUACUGAAGUUGAUAACGCCAGCGCUGCGUUCCUUGAAUUUUUUACUCAAGAAAUGUCAUUGGCAACUAUGACAUUAUAACAUUUGUCAGUCAGAUGUUAAUUUUAUAGUCCUUGAAUAGAGGUUUUUUUUCUUUAUUUUGAAUAGAAAAAUUAGGUACGUUAACGACAACAACGAGUUAUCUUAUUUUUAGAUAUGUAAAAAAGUUUAUUGAUUUCUUUAAAUUAGAAAUACGAAGUUUUAAAUAUAAAUUCUGUAAGCAAGUGUGCUACAAACUUUAUUUAGACAGGUAUACAAAAAUCUUGGAUUUUAUGCUGUAGUAUACAUUGUUUAUAAAUACAUACAUAAUUUGUAUAUACAUUAUGUACUAUUUGUAACACAUUGUUUUUGUAAAUCUACCGGGAUCUCAUAACCAAACAAAAAAUCUUAUAAUUUAUAAGUAAUGUGACCAAUGUUUAACAAAUUUUAAAGUGUUUGUACACGCGCCAGCACAUCAAGCUACACAUUGACGUAUCUUGUUCCGUUGCACUGGAGGCGAUUUUCGAACAAAAAUGUGUAGUCUGAUGUGCCGUUGUCCGUACAUCGGAACUAAUCCACGGACAGAUAUUUCAUUGCACAAAAUGUAC